AUGCUCAAUUCAAGCUCAUCCUCUACUUCUUCCUCUUAUUCAUCAAACUACAACAACAAGAUCAAACUCCCAGCUUGUCCCGAUACCUUCUUUGAUGAUCCAUUGUUUAAUACCAAACGGGUGGAGUUUGAUUCUUUUAUUUAUGAUCCGAAUCAAUUUGUUCGAAUUUUUACUGGGAUGGUCAAUAACAAGCAAUUUGAUCGGUUGAAACGAUUGAGAGUAUUGAUUCAAAAUCAUACCAUUUCAAUAUGUAGAAAACAAUGUUAUGCCUAUAUGCCAUGUCAUGUCGGAAAUACAGUGAAGAGUGAAGUGGUCAAUGAAGAGAUGCAGAAUAGUGAAGAACGAGAGUAUGAAAUCAUUCCAUUAAGAAAAGAUCUUCUUGAGAGAGCUUCCAUCAUGAGUAAAUUUUAUCAGAAUGAAACACUCACUGUACAUAACAACAACAACAAUGGUUCUGAAUCUUUGACAAAAGUCAUGGUGUUCAAUGGGGAUUGUCUCGAUGUUGCAUUUUAUAUUCAAGAUGAGCUCAUCAAGGAAGGAAAAUAUCCACAAGAGCGAGUUGCUGUGUUGAAUAUGGCAAAUCCUAACACUCCAGGAGGUGGAUACAAAGGAGGUUGUGGAGCUCAAGAAGAAAAUUUACAUCGUAGAUCUAACUUGUACAUGUGCUUGGAUAAUCAUGUGGAUAACAUUGACAAGACUAGAUCUUGGAAUUAUCCCAUUGGCUAUGAAAGUGGAGUUUAUUCGCCAAAUGUAACAAUAUUUAGAGGAUGUGAAGCAAAAGGUUAUCCAUUGUUGAAAACUCCAAGAUUAGUGGAUAUUAUAACGGCUGCCGCUGUUCCAUUAAAUCGCUCCACUGUGCACGGGGUUGAUCCAAGAAAUACUGGUACCAUUGAGGCGAUUUUGAAAAUUGCUGUUCAUCAUGGAGUCAGGAAUUUGGUCCUCUCAGCAUUUGGAUGUGGUGCAUUUAGAAAUGAUCCUGUGAAAAUUGCUGAAAUCGUUAAAGAAAAAAUUGAGAGUGAAGAGUUCAAGAAUUGCUUUGAUCGAAUUUAUUUCGCAAUUAUUGAAGACCACAAUUCUCGAAAGCAACACAAUCCUGAAGGAAAUAUUAAGCCGUUUGCUGACACAUUUGCGGAAUAUAUUGAGAGGAAUGACAGCCAGCGCUUCCUCGAAUCACAAUUGGAUUAUGACUAUGACAACAUGAACGAUAUUUAUGCAUAUACUUAUAAUAACAUGAACUAA